AUGCCACCUGAACCAAAUCCAAUCGCCUGUAUAAUACCAACUACUGCUAUUGGAGUAACGGUAGUUUCUGAUGCAGCGGUAUUUUCUGGUGCAGCGGUAGUUUCUGAUGCAGAGGUAUUUUCUGGUGCAGCGGUAGUUUCUGAUGCAGCGGUAUUUUCUGGUGCAGUAGUCACUAGCGCAAUGGUAGUUUCUGGUUCUGGUGUUGAAUUGGAUGAUACAUACCCCAGUUUUUGA